GCCCGCACAGACACACACACACCGCUCCGCUAAAGAUGUGAAAAUGGCGGAGCUACAAAUGCUUCUGGAAGAGGAGAUUCCAGCUGGACGAAGCGCACUACUAGACAGUUUCACCAAUUUGGAAAGAGUCGCGGAGUACUGCGAGAGCAACUAUGUCCAGUCUCCAGACAAGCAGAGGGCGCUGGAGGAGACCAAGAACUACACCACCCAGUCUCUGGCCAGCGUAGCCUACCUGAUCAACACGCUGGCCAACAAUGUCCUGCAGAUGCUCGACAUCCAGGCGUCGCAGCUCCGCCGCAUGGAGUCCUCCAUCAACCACAUCUCACAGACGGUGGACAUCCACAAAGAGAAGGUAGCUCGGCGGGAGAUCGGCAUCCUCACCACCAACAAGAACACCUCCCGCACACACAAGAUCAUCGCCCCAGCCAAUCCAGAGAGGCCUGUGCGCUACAUCCGCAAGCCCAUCGACUACAGCAUGCUAGACGACAUGGGCCACGGAGUCAAGUGGUUGCAAAGGUUUAAGGCCAGCGCUCAGAACAUGAAGGCCGGAGGAGGCGGCCUGCCUCGCACCAACCCCCCCACACAGAAGCCCCCCAGCCCGCCCAUGUCAGGGAAAGGGACCCUUGGGCGCCACUCCCCCUAUAGGACGCUUGAGCCGGUGCGUCCACCCGUUGUCCCUAACGACUACGUCUCGAGCCCGACGCGCAACAUGGCGCACCCACAGCAGAGCCCUGCACGCACUGCAUCCGUAAAUCAGAGGAACCGCACGUACAGCAGUGGGAGCAGCGGAGGCAGCCACCCCAGCAGCAGUCGCAGCAGCAGCCGAGAGAACAGCGGCAGCGGCAGCGUGGGCGUUCCCAUCGCCGUGCCGACCCCAGCCCCGCCCACCGCCUUCCCAGGUGCUCCUCAGUUCUACAGCAUGAACCGCCCGGUGCAGCAGCCCCAAAACUCGCAGGUGGGAGGCUCGCUGCCGUACCGCAGACCCUCGUCCGUCACCGGUCAGCCCAACAUGGCGCACAACCAGAGCCAGCUCAACGGGGGACCGCACUUCGCCCAGAACCAAGCAGGCCCGCUCGCGCCCCCUCCCCCCUCCAUGCAGAUCACCCCUCAGCUGCCUCUGAUGGGCUUUGUGGCCCGAGUUCAGGAGACUAUCUCAGACGUGCCGCCCCCACCUCCGCCCGCCGAGGAGCCGGUGUUUGAGGAGCCCACACCUCCUCCUCCGCCGCCGGAGGACUACGAGGACGAUGAGGAUGAAGAGGAGUCGGCGGUGGUGGAGUACAGUGACCCCUACGCCGAGGAGGACCCGCCCUGGGCCCCACGCAGCUACAUGGAGAAAGUGGUGGCCAUCUACGACUACGCUCGAGACAAGGAAGACGAGCUUUCGUUCCAGGAGGGCGCCAUCAUCUACGUGAUCAAGAAGAAUGACGACGGCUGGUACGAGGGCGUGAUGAACGGGACCACGGGCCUCUUCCCCGGCAACUACGUCGAGUCCAUCAUGCACUACGCCGACUGAACAAUCCCCCCUCUUGAGCCGACGAGGAAGAGGAGCGGGAGGAGCGUUUGAUUGGGGAAGGGAAGGGGAGGGAGGGGAGCCAAGGGUUAAAGGUCAAAGACUUUGAUCAGACAGAGCAUGAUCACCUCCGGGCAAAGAGAGAGAAGAGAGACAGGGGGGGAAGAAGAUGCAGUUUUUAAAGAAGUUGCAACAUGACAAACUGAUGCCCAGUCACUCUCUCGACAUAGGCGCCAUUGUAAAACAACCACUACUCUAGAUAUAUCCUUCCCUGUAAUAUUUCUUUCUUUCUUUCUUUAUUUGACUGAGGACUGGACGGUGAUGGAUUUAUUGUACUUUGAGAGUUUUGUGUUACAUUUAUGAGGCCACUACAUUGAUUUAGCUUCAUUUUUUUUGUUUUGUUUUACCAAUUUGCCCUUAUUUUAAAAGAUAUUUAUUUGGAUUUUGUAGUGGGAUAAAUGGUGAGCACGUAGAUGGGGCUGCUGUGAGGGAUGUAGUCGGGGGUUUCCACGUGGCAGCCUCGGAGAAAGGGCUGGAGGAGAAUGCCUUCAUGUGUAGAUUCUCUCCUGAACACUCCAGAGACAUUUUAGAGAAAAAUACUCCUCUAUAUAUAAAGUAUAAUGCAACAACAAUAUCCUCGAUGGGGGGGAAUAAACAGUAGUUUCAGUACUUGACAAAAUAUUUGUUUAGGUACCUCAGCAGAGAGUGUGCCAAAGCUGACGUUCACUAGGAUAAGCACAUGAAAUGUCUUAAGGUGACACACGGAGCUCAAUGAAAGUGGGUCAGAAAAGACGUCUGGAAGCAAACAGAGUGCUUUAAACCAAGAUUUUUGGUUUUUUUUUGCUUCUUUAUAUUUUGAAAAGGAGUAGAGUCACUACAUGCUUCACUUUGCUGGCCAGUGUGCAUUUUAACGCGCGAAGGAAUCGUCAUCCAGCCCUCAAAUCGGAGAGGAAAGCGAGAUCCUCAGUUGCACAGUGACCUGGAUUUUGAAGUCUGCAGCUCCUGUCAUGAAUAAUAGAAGUAUAUUAGCUCGACUGGCGAGGCUAAUCAUUUGCAGUGUUCAUAUGCAUUUGAGACGAAGACAUUUUUCUUUUCUUUUUGACGUUUCACCAAUGGGUCCAGAAUCGGGUUUUGCUUGCAGAGCGGCAGACUGCAUGUUUCGACGAGGAGGGAAAAAAAGCAUUUCUUUUCUGCUCUACUGAUGAUUAAUGUCUUAAUAUUUUUAGAUAUGGUGUGGUUUGGUUUUUGAUAUUCACCCACGACUACGACGACGAUGCAUUUAGGUCAUUUCGAAGACGCUUGUGCCAUAUUGAAGUGUGUGUUGCUGUUCAGAGGUUAUCACUUCAUUUGCAAUAAAUUGGCCAGAGUGGGGUGGAUUGUCGUUGAACAACAAAUCUUUAUUUUCUUUCUCUCAGUUUUCCCGAGUUGUUUUGAAUCAAAAGCACAUACAUUUGUAGUAAAAAGGUGUAGAAGAAGAAAUAAUAUAAAUGUGAGAUGUAUUAUGUCCUCAAAACAGGACUUACUGAAUAUGAAAAGAUGCCAGCUGUUGUGUUGAAAUGGUUCUUAACCGUCGCAAGCCCCCGAUACUUCUUAACGUCGUCGGUUUAGGCGUCGUUCGUCCUCCGUAAAGUUUCCAAUACGCUUGGCUGUUGGGUGUUUGCGAGGGCUCAGUGCUUGUACUUAUGUCAGAAUCUUUAUUUUCUAUUAAAAAAAAAAAAACGAAAUAAUAACAAGUGGGUCUGUAUGUGAGUCUUGCAUGCCAUUGUUCUUAUCUGUACUGGUGUCCCAAAAACCUACGUGGCGAGAUCACCCAUUCUUAAAAAGACAAGCAGCCCUGCAGCUCUGACCAAGUACCACCAGCCUCAUCCAAAGAGACUGUACAACUUAAUUCAAGCCCACGUCCGAGGAGUCGCUCUCUGACCUGUGGGGGAGGAGGGAGGGAGGGAGGGAGAGAUGGAGGGAGGGGAGGGACCCGGCUUCCUCCCCUCCUGACAGUAGCCGUCAUUACGUCGGGGGUGAGAAAUCGUGUGUUUAAAGCUGCUAGUGAAUCCUGCGGACAAAGAAGCAGGCCGGAGUUGAACGAUGAGAAAUGUAACACGCAAGAUUGACUCUUGUUUCAGAGCACUCGUAGGAUGACACUAAAAAAAAAAAUACAAACCCAAAUAAGGCCCCUGGUCUGCAGGAUUCACAGCUCCCUGGAGUCACAGACGUCCCUCGGGAUGUCGAGUUUAACAGUCCAUAAUGCCAUUGUGUUGCACAGUUAAAGUUGAAUUGCAGAAGUAUCAUAUUUGUAAAAUCAUGAGAACAAAGACAAUAAAACUAUUAAGAUUUA